GGUGGGCGGACUUUCGCUGCGUCGAAGGCAGAGCUCAGACCGGAAAUCGUCUGGGCUGGAACGGCAGCAGAGGGUCCGUUCCUGCCGACACCGCAGUCAUCUUCUCACGCAGUAGUUUCCUCCCAGUGAGUCCUGCACCGUGUCCCUUCUUUACCAGCUUGUUGCCAGUCAGACAUGGCUGCCCAGUGUGUGACCAAGGUGGAGCUGAGUCUGUCCUGUGAGAAUCUCCUGGACAGAGACAUCGGCUCCAAGUCCGACCCCCUCUGCGUCCUGUUAAUGAGCAGCUCUGGCUCCGAGUGGUAUGAGGUGGAGCGCACGGAGAAAGUCCAGAACUGCCUCUGCCCAAAGUUUGCCAAAAAGUUUGUCAUCGACUACUACUUUGAAAUAGUGCAGAAACUGAAGUUUGGGAUUUAUGACAUCGACAACAAGACCGUUGACCUGAGUGACGAUGACUUCUUGGGGGAACUGGAGUGCACCUUGGGCCAGGUUGUGUCCAGUAAAAAAGUCACCCGACCACUCGUCUUGAAGAACAAGUCGCCGGCGGGAAAAGGCACCAUCACAAUCAGUGCGGAAGAAAUAAAAGACAACAGGGUGGUGAAUUUUGAGGUGCAAGCAAGAAAACUAGAUAACAAGGAUUUCUUUGGGAAGUCUGACCCUUACCUGGAAUUCUACAAGCAGACAGAAACUGACUGGCAGCUGGCUCACAGGACGGAGGUGGUGAAGAACAACUUGAAUCCAACAUGGAGACCUUUUCGAAUCCCCCUGCAGUCUCUCUGUGGAGGAGACAUGGACAGACCGAUAAAGGUUGUCUGCUAUGACUAUGACAACGAUGGUUCACAUGAUCUCAUUGGAACCUUUGAGACCACAAUGACACGCCUCCAAGAAGCAUCGCACACUUCUCCGGCGGAGUUUGAAUGCAUCAACAGUAAGAAGAAACAGAAGAAGAAGGGCUACAGGAACUCUGGUAUCGUGAGCGUGAAGCACUGCCAGGUGGUGAAGGAGUAUUCAUUCCUGGAUUACAUUAUGGGAGGCUGUCAGAUCAACUUCACUGUGGCUAUCGACUUCACAGGCUCCAACGGGGACCCCAGGUCUCCUCAGUCUCUGCAUUACAUUAGUCCUCAGGGUGUUAACGAGUACCUCUCUGCGAUCUGGUCUGUGGGUAAUGUCAUCCAGGACUAUGACAGUGACAAGAUGUUUCCCGCCUUUGGCUUUGGAGCCCAGAUUCCUCCCACAUGGCAGGUGUCCCACGAGUUUCCUCUCAAUUUCACCCCGUCAAAUCCAUUUUGCGCAGGUGUUGAAGGGGUGGUGGAGGCCUACCGGGUGUGUCUGCCCCAGGUCAGACUCUAUGGUCCCACCAACUUCUCCCCUAUCAUCAACCACGUGGCCAGCUUUGCUAAGCAGGCCCUCCAGCAGACCACUGCAUCGCAAUACUUUGUUCUGCUCAUCAUCACUGACGGAGUGAUCACGGACAUGGAUGACACCCGCGACGCCAUCGUCAACGCCUCUCGUCUGCCCAUGUCAGUCAUCAUUGUCGGAGUAGGGGGGGCGGACUUCAGCGCCAUGGAGUUCCUGGAUGGAGACGACGGACGUCUGCGUUCUAAGACGGGCGAGGCCGCCAUGCGUGACAUCGUCCAGUUUGUACCAUUCAGGCAGUUCCAAAAUGCUCCCCGAGAAGCACUGGCAAAGAGUGUGUUGGCAGAAGUUCCAGGUCAGCUGGUGGAGUUCUUGAAUACCAUGAAACUGAGCCCACCCAACUCCAGUCCUGCACCAAACCCCGCAGGGACUGUGUGACACUACAAGGACCACUCUCAUCUCCGGCAGAUAUAAGUUAGAUCCCAGCUUCAUCUCAACACGCAGUUAGAUUCCCUCUCCCUCCCUAAACCUGACUAACUCAACUCUGUUAUCUCACCAUCUCAAUGAAAUACCAGCUUGCAGCUACGUUAGUGACAACCAGACCAACCACACACUAUACAGCCUUCAUAAGCACUUCACACUGUUGACCAAUCUCUUCUUUUACAGUGUCAGAAUAGAUCUAGCUCUUGUUAGAUAUUAACAUCCACGUAGGUUCAUUUUAGUAGAUAUUCAGUGCUGUUGCAUCUUAAAAAGAAGAGCAAACACUGAUUAAAUCAUUCCAUCCUUUUAAAAGAAUAAGUCGAUGCGCAGGGAAUUGCACUCUUAAAUGUAUCAAAGAGAAAACGGCACAAAGAUUUAAGCCUUCCGUGUCUCUGUAGCACUUAUGAAAACAAGACAGCUUUUAAAAAAAGCCUCACAGCAGAAUAUACACACGAGGUUAUAAACUACCCUGCUGCUGGACUUCAAAGAAUUAUUGUUCAAUUAAUUUAAUGCACUGAGUGUGCAGUUUAUUUUUAUGUCUCUUUUUGAUGGCUGCAGCAUCGUUACAUUAGUAAUAAUGUAAAUGAUCUUUUAAUCGUGGCAACGAUAAAUGCAUGCGAACCAGGUAUAGGUAAGUCACCCCCUCAUAUAUAAUGUAUAUAAACCGCUAUAUAUAUAUAUAUAUAUAUAUAUUUUUUUUUUUAACAUCUACCAGUUAGCUUUGUAGUUGCUGCUGUAGUUGGUCAAUGGAGCAUAUAUUUGUAUAAAUGUCUAUUGUUUUUCAUGCCUCCCUAUGUACUCACCUGUAGUAACACGAUAUACUACAAAGGUCUAGUAUUUGAUUAUUUUACUCAGUGGGGAGCCAAACUGUGUGUGCUGGUUGUAGACCCAGAGCUUUUUAUACCUUUAAACAUGAUUCUGAAAUAUUGUGAUAACUAGAAAAGGACCCGCACGGUGGAUCUGGUUGUACCUUGCCCGUCUCAUCACCCACAGUAUUUCUGUUAAUCUGCUGUGGUUUACCACCGUGCCAGUUACUUCAUCUCUGACAUUUUGAUUUGCAAAAGACACUGUGGGGUAGUUCCCUGGACACGGACAGACGGGAGCUUUUUUUCCCAGUGUUAUGGCCAUUGAAUUUGGAUUUAGGCCAGGUUUACAGUCUGUUCAGGACACUGGCCUCAUACGCAUCUAGACUCAGUUGUCAGUUUAUUGGGUACGCCCAGCUAAAACUGAUGUGGUCUAAUGCAGCAGUCCUCUACUAAAUCCUCCUUCAGAAAGGUCCCAAUGUUCCGUUUGUGCUGAAACUGUUUUGACCUGGUGUUGAUUCAACUGUGAGAUCAUUUUGGAAGCUGCAGGUUGCGCUGCUGUUGAACUGUGUUGCAUUAGACGGAGAGGUGUGUCUGUCGUUUAGGAACAGCUGUCAACAUAAUGUAAUGCAGUUCGAAAGCACCAAAGACCACAGCCUCCAAAAUGAUCAUCCAGUUGAAUAAACACCUCAUUAACACAGUUUCAACACAAACCGAGCAUUGAAACCUCCAUGAAGGAGGAUUUUCUGCGGGACCGUUGGACUAGAAUGCGUUAAGUUUUAGCUGGGCGUUCCUAAUAAACUCUCAGCAGAGCAUAUAUCAGUAUUGAACAUGCUCUCUCUGUAGCAAGUAUGGUUUAUUGAUAUCCUUGCAUGUUUACUGCAGGUGUGUCUUUUCAUUGUUAUUGUUAACUAUUGUUUUUUUUUUUUAUAUGAUUAAUCCAUGAAAUCUAUAAAAUGUGUAUCUGAUGUUUCAUGUUAUGUAUCAGCUGCUCAGCGCUGAACAGAAAUGGAUAAUGUGCCUUAGUGUCAGCCUCCAAAAAGUGUAUCGAGCUUGCAAAUA